AUGACAGGUUACUUAAAAAAAGAAUAUUAUCAAACCUACGCCGACUACAUCCUGAAAUUCUUUAACGCGUACAAAACAAACUGGAUCGUAAACAAUUUAGCUCCAAUUUUAUCUAAAGCCGGAUACAAAGAUCUCGUUUAUAUCGCAAUGGAUGAUCAUCGUUUCAUGUUACCAUUUCAUCCCGCUGCAAUGUUUGAAAAUGAGGAGGCUAAAAAGUUAUUCUCCGGUAUUGCGGUUCAUUGGUAUGUAGAUCGACUCUUUCCAGCAUCAUUAUUGACCAAGACGCAUGAUAUGUUUCCGGACAAAUUUCUACUGAUGUCGGAGGCAUGCACCGGUACUAGUGCUACUAAUCUUUUUGAACCAGCUGUAAUUUUAGGAUCGUGGAACCGAGGGGAACAAUAUAUAAACGAUAUAAUAGAGAACUUAAAUCAUUGGGUGUGUGGAUGGAUUGAUUGGAAUAUAGCACUCGAUGGAAGAGGUGGACCAAGUUGGUUUAAAAAUUAUAUGGAUUUACCUAUUAUUGUAAAUUCGAAGAAAGAUGAGUUCUAUAAACAGCCUAUGUUCUAUGCGAUUUCUCAUUUCAGCAAAUUUGUGCCACGUGGCUCUUAUGUAAUCUCUUCUAUAGAAGAGAAUUGCCUCUCUAAAAAGAUUCAUUCGAUAGCCUUCUCGACGCCCGAACAAAAAGUUAUUGUCGUGAUUGCUAACACAUAUGUCACUACCAUAGUUACUAUUCUUCAGUCACGAUCAAGAACUAUCAAGGAACUGGAAGUAAUAGUUUCUGUGUUAGGGAUAGUGAAAUUUAAUAAUAUACUCAAGUACGAUACACAGUGA